AUGAGCGGAGGUGGGAGGCCUCAAAGAACAGAAGCCCUGUUUGAUCCGGGCCAGAGGGAGGUGGAAGAGCUGCUGAAGGCCGCGCAGGACGACCUGCUCCUCAGGCUCAGCGUCAACAGCCAUAUCGCCUCCUCGUCGCCCUUCUCUUCCGGCGCCUCUUCCUCUUCCCUCGAUCCGGAUCUCGCCAGGCGGUUCGAGGUGCUCAAGUCGAGCCCCGCGCCCGCCGCGCAGAGGCCAUCGAUCGCCACUUCGGAUCGGAGUGGUGGAGGAGCCGCACCAGAUGCCGUUGGCUCUGAUGCGAAGGAGACGAAAGGAGGAGGAAGAAAGGGGGAUGAUGAUGAAAUGAGCACGAUCCUAGGGGAUGACCUCGCGUCCAGAUUCGCAGCCCUCAAGGGUUCCAUUUCUUCUCAUCUUCCUGCGGAUGGCGUUGACCGGCCCCGAGACCGGUUCCCUGCCGAAGACGAUGAGGGCGAUAGUGGCGAAUCUGACGACGGCGAGGGGGGCAGUGUCUCCGAAAAGGAGGUGGAGAAGCUGAUGCAGUGGGCAAUGGACGCGGUCCGCCUCGAUCUAGUCUCCAACACAAAAAGCGAGGAGGACAACACAAGGACGAAAGACGAAGAAGAAGAAGAAGAAGAAGAAGAAGAAGAAGAAGAAGAAGAAGAAGAAGAAGAAGAAGAAGAAGAAGAAGAAGACGACGACGAAGAAUCUGAUCAAGAGGAGGUUGGCACGAGGGAGAACGAGAAGGCGAAGAAGAAAAGACCAGAUGCCAAGAAGCCUCCUACUAGGAAGUGGUUCAUCUUCUGA